AUGAGCACUCACCAGGGCCCGAAAGAGGCCGGCCUCUACAAUCCUCUCAAGGCCAACCAAGUUCGGCUUCUGCGGCUGAAUCCAGACCCCGACUCAGAUGAAGUGGGAAAUUUAGAAGUAGUCGAACUGCGCGAGGCUCCUCCAUAUUACGCCCUUAGUCACAGCUGGACGAGCCAGCACAGCUACCGGGACGUCCUCAUAAAAAGCCAAGUCGUCACGCUCGGAGCUGAUCUCGCCGCCUGCGUUCACAGGCUCUCGCAAUUGGCAGGAAGCAACUCCGAGCUCGACCCUCCCGUUCGUCACAUCUGGAUCGACAGCAUCUGCAUCGAUCAGUCAAAUCCCGACGAGCGCGCGGCUCAAGUCUCCCUCAUGGGCCAGCUGUACCGCAGCGCCAUCAGAACACUUAUCUGGCUCGGUCCCGACUCCAGCGACUGCUACGGCGCGUGGGAGCUGCUGGACAGCAUACACCACAUCUUCAGGCAACAGAAUCCCAGAGCCACGGAGCCGAAUGACAUACCCACCCGCAUGUACCGACCCUCUGCACACGAAGCCUCUGGCCUGCCGCCAUGGGAAGACUUUCGGUGGUCGCAUCUUAAGAACCUCGUAAGGAGGCGGUGGUUUUCUAGGAUCUGGGUCGUUCAGGAGGUCGCCCUGUCGACGCAGGAUCCCAUCUUCCUCCACGGGGAUCAGUAUUUCCCCUGGAGUUACUUUGGCUGGGCGACGGCUUGGCUGCGCAAAAAUGGCUACAUGCGACUGUCUCAAGUGCCCGAACAGCUGCGCAAUAUCGACACCAUGGCUAAUCUCCAGCGAGCGCAGACGCUGUGGCCCCUUGAUGCGCUCGUCUCAAUCACGCAGGUCAAGUUCAACGCCACCGACCAGAGGGACAAGAUCUAUGGACUCAUGGGUCUUGCUCGCGAAUGCCAGGAUCUGGCUACUAUGCCUCUCGAGCUGAGACCAGACUAUCAGAUUGACGUGACGGAUGUAUACCUGAGGGUUGGGCGAUACAUGCUGCAACAAAGCCGCUCGCUUGCGUUCUUGACCCGAGCACGUUGUGUUGAUGGCAGUAUCACCAGAAGACAGCGGGAGAAGAGUCUAGAUAUACCCUCGUGGUGCCCGGACUGGAGCGAUUUCAAGAAUCCCAACGAGGGCAUCGCUACAAGUCUCUCGUGGGUGCAUGCCGGAGACAAGUCUAGGCCAGCCAGACUCGGCUUUCUCGAACAAUUCUCUGCAGCGUCUGGGCUUGAACUUGAGAUCCGUCAUGAAGGCGAUCCGCGAGUACUCUCACUCGUGGGUAUCAGGGUGACCACAGUCGAGGUAGCUUUGCCGUUUGGUGUGAAUCCUUCUCGCAAGGUUGAACCCGAGCAGCCUUUUACAGAGCAGAUGACGCGCAUCUUGUCAGAGGCGCUGAAGACACUCAAACGGGAGACCAUAUCUGCCUGGACGAGACAGUUUGUUAGCGCAACUACAGUCGAGCAGCAUUCCUUUGUCGGCCGGGACUGGGAACAGUCUGUCGCGGACGGCGCAGCCUAUGUCCAUCAUCUUCUGCUAAACGACAUAUCACUUUCGUCCUUGUGCGUAGAGCAGAGCGGGGAUCCGAAUGCUCUUUCCGUACUCCAGGACUUAUCAUCCGGUGGAGCUGCAGACUACUACAAGAGCCUGGUUCACAACUAUGGUUUCGAUAGGGCCUUCUUGGUUACGGCAGACGGGAGAAUGGGCAUUGGUCCAUCAAAUAUUCGGCAGGGAGAUGCUGUUGUCGUGCUUGCAGGCGGCGAUGUGCCGUACUGUGUGCGUAAGGAGGGAGACUUCUGGCUUUUGGUGGGUGAGUCGUGUGUGCAGGGUUUGAUGAAGGGGGAGGCCGUAAACGCAGUAGAUUACGGGUUGUUGAUGAAGGAUAGAAUGCGUUUUAGGUAG